UUCACCGAGAACCACCCCAAAUGACGAUGGCCGGACAGGACCUCCCGACUUAUUUGACACUCUUCCCUAAAUUUAAAUGUCCAUAUACGCUGACAUUUAGAUACAAAUGUUUGCGUAUAAAUUUUGUCGGGACCAUGAAUUGUUGUUAGCAUCAUUAACUCUGUACGGAGUAAAAGUUUGGUAGCACUCGAAGAUAUGCUGAUAGCCCUGAUAUCCCCAAAUUUGUUGAAACACGUCUUUUUUGUGUAAAAACGUCAGAUUAAGUAUUUAUAGGCAGCCUACCUAACACUCAACUAGAAUCCAAAGUCGGAGCCAAAUCCACGUGAACUCGAACUUGGUUGAGUGGUUCUCUGAAGUUCUUACCUGAGCAGAGAAAUUUGCCUCAACUCGAUCGGAAUUCAUUGCCAGAAUGAUCUCUCGCUGCUCCAACUGGAAGCUUCCGGCGGUGGAGUUUCGCCCCCCGUUGAUAGGGUGCCCGAAUCAGCGGGCACGGCCGGCAGAAUUUCAUUUCAGUAGGGCUGCCACGAGGAGCUGCCCUCCUAGGUCCACAAACAGAGCCUCGCAAUUUCGAGUCUCCGCGGUGGAACGCACCGGCAACAGCGGCGCUGGGGAAAGCGCAGCCAGUAAGAAGGUGACUCCGACUUCGUCGGCGUCUGUACCUAAUUCGAACUACAUGGUCCCACUGGACAAGCCAUCGUCAUGUCUUACUCGCCCUCUUGCCGAGAUCCUCCGUGACCUCAAUAAGAGGAUCCCUGAUAACAUCAUCAAGGAUCACGACAGUAAUGAUCCUCAUUCCACAUUCAUCCCCUGGUACCAUGCCAAUCGCAUGUUAAGCUUCUACGCCCCAGGUUGGUGUGGAGAAAUAAGGGAUGUUAUUUUUUCUGAGAAUGGAAGUGUGACUGUCGUUUACCGUGUCACAGUACUGGGAUCAGAUGGAGAGGCAUACCGCGAGUCAACUGGAACAGUGCCUUCCGGAGACGAGAGCGUCAGAGAUCCAGUUACUGCAGCUGAGGAGAUUGCAUUUUGCAGAGCUUGUGCUCGGUUUGGACUUGGCUUAUAUCUUUACCACGAUGAAUAGCUUCCAAAGAAAGGACAAUUUUGAUGAGAUUUGAGUCGAAGCUGUCUGUAACUUUUAUAAGAUGUUGUAGUUCGAUAAUAUACGUUGACCUAAAAGCUUUUGCCUCAUAUGGCUCUACUAUGAGUCUAUGACUAUUGCUGCCUCCGCAAUUUCUUUCAGUUCUGGAUUUUAAUUUUGCCACUCUACUCAUACGAAUUGGUUGAAUUAUGAAUAAUAGCUAUUUAAAAUAUAUACCUCUGUCCCAUUGAAAGGUUCCAAUGACAC